AUGGCCAGCUACCUGAUGAUAAUUCUGGCCAAUCGUCGACCGCAGAAGCUUCGUUUCCUACCUGGAAAUUUUUUCAGUUCAUCAGAAGCCCUAAAGAAGGUUAGGGUUCUAGACAAAUUUGAAAGGGCUCAGAAAGAGUUACGGGAUGCACUAGUGAAUUUUGUGCCCGACGAAAGACCAUACCACCCUCCAGAUCCUCCGAAAAAUCCAAAUGCUUUGGGUCCCUAUGCCUAUGACAAGAGGGCCAGCAUGCUUCGAAAAGCUGUGGAUCUCACUACUGAUGUGCUCGUCAGGGUUCAGUAUAGGCUUCUGCUGGAGAGCACGAUCGCAGAAGUCAACAAGAUGCGACUGAAAGACGCAGAUGUGGAAGAGCAUGAGGUUGCUCUACGCUUAGUGUUGAAAGCUAUUGCUGUAGCAAGGUCAGUCAUUGAAAGGGAUACUGACCUCUCUGAUAUUCAAAAAAGUAAGUUUCCCCUCCACCUAUCCAUACUUUACUUCCCUUGCGGUCACUGCACAUGUAAAUCAAAAUAA